GUCGCUCCCAUCGGUUGGGGAGAGUCAGCAGCACACGAGGACUUGCUGGGAGUGCUGAGUCGAAUCUUGCUUUAGCGUAUUCCUUUACCGUGAGAAACCGGCUAUUUUAUUGCAAGUAAAUCGAACCCAUAUUAGACAUUAGAGAGGGUAAGUUUGAUCAAUGUUAUAGGGUGACCUCAACAACGGGUUAAUAAUAGGGGUGGACACUAGCCAGUUCAGCAACUGCGUAACGCAAGUAUUUAUCCACAGUAGUGAACAUCUAGCAAAGACCCACGAUGGACCCGAGAGACGCUGCCCCUGAUUCCUGGGAACAAGAGGAUGAUGUUGAGGCCCCGGUCGACGGGAAACUCGAUUCCGAAUUCGCCGCCCUCAACGUGAAUGCCAAGCCGUUUGUCCCCAACAUAAAUGCCGUCGAAUUUGUCCCGUCCUUCUUUCAGAAAGGCCCCUCGGAAGAUCCUGAUUCCGGUGCUGACGUUGAACCAGUUGUUGCCACCAUGGAGGUCGCAGAAACUGCAGCCCCGGUGGAGAAUGGUGACUCUGAAAUGACCACAGAGGAGACAUGGGACCUGAAAGGGGUGGAGCCCAAUGAGGAAGAACCAGGAGGAGGGCCUGGUGGCGACGGGGGACCAAUAGUUGUUGAGGAGAUUCUGGAGGAGGAAGUCCUAGAGGAGGAGGAAGACGUGCCAAUCAUACCUAAAGUGGUCGCCCUCCCACCAGACGCGCCCAAGAAGGAACAUGUGAACGUGGUGUUCAUCGGUCAUGUUGAUGCUGGCAAGUCUACCAUCGGGGGACAAAUCAUGUAUUUAACAGGCAUGGUAGAGAAGAGAACUCUGGAGAAGUAUGAAAGAGAAGCCAAGGAGAAGAACAGGGAAACCUGGUACCUCUCCUGGGCUCUGGACACUAACCAGGAGGAGCGAGACAAGGGGAAGACUGUGGAGGUGGGCAGAGCGUACUUUGAAACUGAGAAAAAGCACUUUACCAUCCUGGAUGCGCCAGGCCACAAAAGCUUUGUGCCCAAUAUGAUCGGAGGAGCAUCGCAAGCUGAUCUGGCUGUGCUGGUGAUCUCAGCCAGGAAGGGAGAGUUUGAGACGGGCUUUGAGAAGGGUGGACAGACACGGGAGCAUGCCAUGUUGGCCAAAACGGCGGGGGUGAAGCAUCUGAUCAUCCUCGUCAACAAAAUGGAUGACCCCACAGUGAACUGGAGCCUAGAGAGGUACGAAGAAUGCAAGGAAAAACUAGUGCCAUUUUUGAAGAAGGUUGGCUUUAACCCCAAGAAAGACAUUCACUUCAUGCCCUGCUCUGGCCUCACAGGAGCCAACCUCAAGGAGCCUGUUGAGUCGUGCACUUGGUAUACAGGGUUACCAUUCAUUCCACAUCUGGACAGUUUGCCAAACUUAAACAGAGUGAGCGACGGACCAGUCAGAUUACCCAUCGUAGACAAAUACAAGGACAUGGGUACUGUCAUCCUGGGGAAACUGGAGUCGGGGUCCAUCAGUAAAGCACAGCAGCUUGUCAUGAUGCCAAACAGGCACACCGUGGAGGUGUUGAGCCUGCUGAGUGAUGAUGUGGAGACAGACGAUGCUUCUCCUGGAGAGAACCUGAAGCUGAGACUGAAGGGCAUCGAGGAGGAGGAGAUCCUGCCAGGCUUCAUCCUCUGUAACGCUGAGAACCUCUGCCACUCUGGACGCACCUUUGACGCCCAGAUUGUCAUCAUUGAACACAAGUCCAUUAUCUGCCCUGGUUACAAUGCUGUUCUCCACAUCCACACCUGCAUUGAAGAAGUGCAAAUUACGGCCUUAAUCUGUCUGGUAGACAAGAAGUCGGGAGAGAAAAGUAAGACGCGACCGCGCUUUGUGAAACAGGACCAGGUGUGCAUUGCCCGUCUGCGCACAGCUGGAACCAUCUGCCUUGAAACCUUCAAAGACUUCCCCCAGAUGGGACGGUUCACCCUACGGGAUGAAGGUAAGACCAUUGCCAUUGGUAAGGUGUUGAAGCUCGUUGCUGAGAGGGACUGAAGCGGUUGCAUGGGAGUCCCCGGUCAUAGUCCGGCACCAUGGUGGGGUGAAGAAUGGGGUCAGGGGUCAUCGAUGGGAACACAGGCGGCGGUGACGGCAACUCUGCUCGCGGCCCUACUCUCUUCUCUCCCCCCUUGACCUAUCGAUGAUCAGCUUAAAAAACUUAUCUGAAAAAGAAACCUGUUUUUAAGCAAAUGAAAAACGAGAUCAAGUACACACGAGUCAGCUUUCUCAUAUUGAGAGCUCAGCUAUGCCAUUUUGGGGUUAGGCCCUGCCCCCAAACCCAUUCCCUCACACCCCUACUCUGGUCUACCCAUGACCAUAAAACACAAUUGUUUUCUCUUCGUUUUUUAUUUUUCUUCCAUUGAACGUUUAAAAUGGCAGCAGUUAUAUCUGUAACCAGACAAGGACCAGGAUUUGCUUGUAAUACAGAAAAAUAUAUUAUUUACAAAAAAAGAUGUUUGAGAAUUUAACAAGUUGAAACCAAAAUGUUAUUAUCUUGGUUGUAUAAAGGGUUGAAAAUAUCCACUAACUUCCCAAAAUUCAGAAUCGGGGGAAUAGGCAGGAAAUCCAGAAUCCUCCAGCCAGGAUUUCUGGAAAACCUGGGAAUUUUGUGAAAAUGAAUGAAUUUUUGCAACCCUUGUUGUACAUGUCUCCCAUUGCUUUUACCCACUUUUGGUUUCUCUUAUAUGGCGUUCUGGCAGUGUGCUUGAGGGCCUUCACAUGUUAUUAAAGCAAACUACUAUGACAAUAAAAUAAAACAUUGGAGAAGUGCUAGUUCUUUAUUUUAAGUGUUUAACCAUAGAGGAAAUAUAUAAUUAAGUUGUCAUGAAAUUUAUAAUUUAAUCUUUAUCAUGCAUACCAAAUUUUUUUUUAUCUUUACCCUGUGAGAAGGAUGGAAUUUAGUAGAGCUGUUUUAUGGCACAAGUGUGUUCAAGCAGUCCUUUUCAAAGCCUAAAAUACUUAAUUUCAACCCAUACAGAAUGUGCCCUACAGCUGGAUAUUUGCCUGUGUGUAAUGUUGACCACUUGUGUACCUUUUGUACUCUACUAAAUUACAUGACCAGUAGGUGGUGCCUCUCUUCUGUCUUUAGAGUUUUACUCUAAUGGAUAUUGUUUUAAUCACAGAUCAAUUUAAUAAAUCAAACUUGACUUGUA